AGGACAGAGUCAGCCAGCUCAGCUGACAACAGCAGCGAAAUGAUGGCAGACUCUGGAAGUACCGAAGAAGUCGCUGUGAUCUGUAACACCGAUAUCACUUCAACGGAAUCCGAGAACAACAUUAUAAACACGAUGGUGGAACGAGGGACAGCUCUGUUGAGAAAAAUGGAGAUAAAUGUGGCAGAGGCAGAGAAGAGAACAGGGAAGAACGCUGUUAAUAUGCAGGAAACCUAUACCGUUUACCUCAUAGAAACACGUCCCGCUGAAGCUGUCUCAGAGGGGGGUACACCUGCCACGCCUGACACUUUGUGGAGACGCUACAGUGAGUUUGAGCUGCUCAGAACAUACCUCCUGGUCACCUACCCCUACAUCAUCAUCCCUCCACUACCAGAGAAAAGGGCAGAGUUUGUGUGGCACAAGCUGUCAGCAGACAACCUCGACCCAGACUUUGUUGAGCGACGGAGAGUCGGUUUGGAAAACUUCCUGCUUCGUGUUGCAUCACAUCCUGCCCUUUCCAAUGACAAAAUUUUCUUCCUCUUUCUGACGGAGGAGAAGGGCUGGAGGGAGGCGGUUUUGGAGACAGGUUUCCAAGACAAGGCUGACUCCAGGCUAAAGUCUCUGAGUGCCAUGUUCAGAGUCAAGAACCCUGACAAGCGAUUCACUGCACUGAAACAAUACAGUGAUGAACUGAACACUGCUGUCUCACAGUUACUCAGGGUGCGGGCGAGAGUAGCAGACAGGCUGUAUGGAGUUUACAAGGUCCAUGGGAACUAUGGCAGAGUAUUUAGUGAGUGGAGUGCUAUAGAAAAAGAGAUGGGAGACGGUCUACAGAGUGCUGGCCACCACAUGGACACGUAUGCUGCAACAAUAGACGACAUUCUGGAGGAAGAAGAGCACUAUGCAGACCAAUUGAAAGAAUACCUUUACUACACUGAUGCCGUCAGGUCAGUAUGUAGGAAACAUGAGUUGAUCCAGUAUGAGUUGGAGUUGGCAGCUCUGGACCUCGCCCAUAAGAAACAACAGAAAGAAGAGCUGGCUACUGGGACAGUGCGCGUCUUUUCUCUAAAGGGGAUGACCAGUAAACUGUUCGGCCAAGAGAGCCAGGAGCAGAGGGAGAGCAGGUUGGCAGCCCUGGAGCAGAGUAUCCAGGAGGGAGAGGAAACGGUCAAAGAGAAGAACACAGAGUGCCAAGAAUUUGUGCGAACAGCCUGGGAAGACAUUGAACGUUUUAAGGAACAGAAGGACAAAGAUUUGCGCGAAGCACUAAUCAGCUAUGCCAUUAUGCAGAUCAGCAUGUGUAAGAAGGGCGUCCAGGUGUGGUCCAACGCCAAGGAGUGUUUCAACAAAAUGUGAGCCACUUUCCAGCCAAUCCCUAUCCUACAACAAAACAGUAGUCAGUCAGAUUGUUCACAGCGGGGCCAUCAGCCAGUCGUCAGCAGUCUUGUGGAGAUGGACAGCGGGAGUCCCAAUACUGCCUUCACUUUGUUUGCUGUUGAAUUGUAGCAACUUGAUUCUCUGUCACCUUCUCUGUCUUAAUCUCUCACAUGCAUGCACACACACACACACACACACACACACACAUACAUUUAUUUAGAAAAAGUUUCCAAGUCAGUUAUUUAGUGGAUUCAUGCCUUUUUAAAUUCAAGUGUCUAAACAGUACAAUUCUCCUCUGCUGAUAUAAGUUAUACUGCAGAUGAUCCAAAUUUUCUGUGCUUUUUCCUUCAUUGUUACACAGCUGACCGCAUACGUCCAAGAGAAAAAUCCUGCACUAAUAAUGCAUGAUGGUUCACGGUGAGAAUAGCUGUGCAGUAUAUUUCGGUUGUUACCUUCUCUUGAUUUAUCCCUCACAGUGAAAAUAAGUCAUCUUGAAAAGCUGCGCAUUUCACUACAUUUGUCACAAAUAGCACUGCAGACCAGCAUCAAAGUUGUUUUCUCUAAUUUGACACUUAAUUGUCACUCCAUUAAAGCAUUUAACUUUUACUUUAAUAAUUGGCCAGUCAUCUAUGCUAAAGUCUGCAAAACUUCAAAUAGUCUGUCUGCAAGAGCAUCUAGAAACAAUGUCUCCAGGCCUCCCAAAUGUAGCAGAACUGUGCAUUGAAAUUACGGAAGUUGAAGUUAUGGAAACACUUGAGAAUUGUUGUCAGGAAUUAGCUACAGAAAAUACUUGUACUACUACUUCUCAUCCUUAAAUAAGAAAUGUAGUCUUUUGAAACUGUCAAGUGGAUAUCAAUCACUAACAGAAGUCAGUUUUUAAGAAAGGGAACACGUAGACAUUCACAUUUCCUUUCCUCCUUUUCCUCAAAUAUAUGUCAUGCACUUCGUGCAUAAGUCAGUCUUUAUGCUGGUAUAGCUGACCAAAGUGCUUAUGACCAAGUACUUGUACAGAUUACGGGUGGGGAGCACAAGAGAGGGAUUGACAUGUUUGGUAAUUAAUAUUGAUUUGUUUAUUGUUUUGUGCCAAAUGCAAAGAGCCAUGAGUAAAGAUGCAGUCAUGAAGGCCUCAGUAGGAGGCUUUUUGGGGAUCUGGAACAUGGCGUCCUCACCAAUUUCCUAUGUACAAACUGCAACAAAAAGUGGUGUUAAAAGCAACACAAUCAAUAAUUGAGCCAUAUUCUUUGCUGUCAAGCUUUAUAGCCUUAAUAUGAACAUUGUUUUUUUGUUUUUUUUACAACGGGGGAGGGACAAUCUGUUGUUUGAUGCUGUCAGCACACUUUCAAUGUGCCUCACCCCUUUUUCUGAUAUCAAGUCACUGCACUAAAUUAUCAACUUGGUCCCAAGAAUAUCUCAGGUCAGUGUGUAGGGAAAAAUACUGACCAAAUAGUGGAAACCUUUACUACAUAUGUGUAUAUAUGGAUCCUCAAAAUCUGACUACAUGUGCUACACAUACAAAAAGUGGUGCAAACUGGGUAUGAUGUAAAAGUUGUGCAGAGAUUAUUUUCCAUCAGCAAACCCUGCCUUUUCAGAAUAAACAAUAAAUUUUUCUCAGAUAA